AUGAGUUAUGAUACAUUAUUAUCACCGUUGAGUGAUAGAGACGAAGAUGCUUUUAGGAUGGAUUAUCCAUGCAAUUCAUUUACCUGUAUUCAAUUGUUAGGUUCAUGUAAUGGCCUGCUUUGUAUACGUUAUGGUGAUCCUGACAGAUCCAUUUUCUUUUGGAACCCAGCCACUAAGGAGUUCAAAAUAUUACCUAAAUCCAAUCAUUGUCAAUAUAAUAAUAUCACGCACGCUUCUGGUUUUGGUUACGACGGGAAGACUGAUGAUUACAAGUUAAUAACUGUGGAAGACUUUGGGGACAGUUAUUUAGUUGACGUCUAUACAUUAAGAACAGAUUCAUGGAGAAGCAGUGAAUUACAUACGCCUCAUAAGUUUUCUUCUAUAAUGAUAGAAACUGAAGCACUUGCCAACGGAAAUCUGCACUGGAUAUGUAAAACGCGUGAUGAAUACAACUAUAAUAAUCUGGAUUGGUUAGGUGAAACGGGUGAUGAAUACUGCUAUGAUCUAAUAAUCUCUUUAGACAUUAGCGACGAGAAAUUCAAUGAGUUGCAACUGCCGGCAGAUGCUUUGGGUGCAAUGAUGAGAAAUGUGGGAGUGUUGGAAGGAUGCCUUUGUGCACUUUCUAGUACUCACAGUACUGUUGUUAGCAUUGAUCAGUUGGAAGUUUGGGUGAUGCAGUCUUGGACUAGACGUUAUACCAUUACGAAUGAGAGAUUUAUUGGCAAUUCAUAUUUGAAUUUUAUAUGGUCUUUCAAGAAUGGUGAGAUUCUAGUAGAGACUCUAAUUGAUUCAAAAUUGGUUAUAUACGACCCGAACGAGGGAAGUGCUAGAGAACCAAAGAUUUUUAGUAGUACUUUUGAAGUUUACUCUGCAGAGAAUUACGUUGAAAGCCUUGUUUCACUGAGCUCAUAUGUGUUGGAAAUAAUUGGGUUUCACAAAGGAUGA